AUGGAAGAGAUGAUCGUGGUCACCAUCAGGACCAAUGAGGAAGAGCAGAAGGCGCGCUCAAGCUGCGCUGCCGCCAGCAAAAAAGCUAAGAAGGCCUACGAGAAGGCCAUGUCCCCAGUAACCUGCCCCACUGGGGAAGUUCUUGGCGCCUCCAGUGUUCUGAAACUUCACUCAGAUUCAAAGGACCAAGCCAUGGCAGUCUACGAUGAGCUAACCCAACACAUCGUCAAGACAGAACUGUUAUCUCUUCGGAAUGAAAUUAGAGCUCAGCUUGAGGGGGAAAUUGAUCGCAGCAUCAAGCCCUAUGUCGAGAUGGAUGAACGUAAACAGAGAGCGCGCACUUUAAGCAACGCGGCCUACAACAAGGCCCUGCAAAUGUAUGAGGAAGCUAUGGAUAAAGUGACGAGCUUCGAUCAAGAACCACUCGAAGUUUCCUCCCUGAAUGAGAAACACUUAACAUCAAAAGACGAAGCCAUUGCAGCCUACCAGCGGGAACACCAAAACAGCGAGAGCAUCAACCUAAUUCCGGUUGUGAAGGAAAUUAAAGUGCAACUUGAGAGGAUCAUCGACAAAAAGUACUCAAGCUACAGCGAAAGUAAUGCGCGUAACUCAGACGCGCACUCAUGCAGCAAAGUGGCUCAAAGCCAAGCUCUGGCUUCUUACAAGGAAAAAAUGGACUCGGUAAUCCAUCCCAACAGCGAUUACGUGGACUCCAUAUUCCUGGAAAAUCAACACCUGACAGCAAAGUCACAAGCUUGCGAUCUUUACGACGGAAGAAACAGAUACACCAUCAACAGAGAAUUGUUUCCUGUUGUCAAUGAACUUAGAACUCAUCUAGAGAAAGAUAUCGAAGAGGAGAAAAUCCACUACGUCAUUUUGAAUGGCCGCGCGCAACAGAUUGGCCAGGCCGUCACAGCGAAAUUCAAGAUGGUGUCGAAGAAUGACUACGCUAUUGGCAUCGACUUGGGUACGUAUAAAUCGUGCGUGGGGGUCGUCAGGAACGGGCGCGUGGAGAUCAUCGCCGACGAGCGAGGUAGUCGCCUCACGCCGUCGUUUGUGGCGUUCACUGACGAGGAACGACUUAUUGGUGAGUCGGCCAAGCUUCAACGCACCAUGAAUCCUGCCAACACGGUAUACGAAGUGAAGAGACUCAUCGGACGCAAGUUCAGCGAUGAAGCAGUGCGGACGAAACUCGCUCACUGGCCAUACCGCGUCGUCAACGAUAAAGGCAACCCCAAAAUCUGCGUUCAAUAUCUCAAAAACGAGAAAUUUUUCACCCCAGAAGAAAUUUCUGCGAUGGUGCUGUCCAAAAUGAAAAUAAUCGCAGAAAAAUAUCUUGGAUGUGAAGUGAGGAAAGCGGUUAUUACUGUACCAGCGUACUUUACUGAUUCCCAACGGAGAUCUACCAUCGAUGCUGGUAUCAUUGCGGGUUUCCAGGAACUGAAAAUCAUCAACGAACCAACCGCUGCCGCCAUUGCGUACGGGAUAGACACGAUCGUCGCCUAUGAGACCAACAUUCUGGUCUUCGACUUUGGCGGCAGGACUUUCAAUGUAGCGGUUCUGAAAAGGAGGAAAGGUAACUACGAAGUCAAAUCUGUUGAGGGAAAUAGCCAACUUGGGGGACGGGACAUAGACUGUCGCGUUGGAAAAUUUUUGAUCGACAAAUUCAGGGAUAAAACGGGGCUGGAUGUUUCAAACGAUAUAAACGCUCAAGCAAAAAUUACCAAAGCUGCCGAACAGACAACGAUCAACUUGUCACUCGGAAAAAUGCUUGAAGAAAAAUUCCAAAACAAGGAAAUCAAGAGGACGAUCAAUCCCGAGGAAGUUGUUGCGUACGGUGCUGCUGUUCAGGCAGCCAUGCUCAACAACGACCGAAGUAUGGACAGACGUCACAUCCCUUAA